CACAUACCACUCCUUCGGUGUUGCAUGCCCGCCGCGCCUGUCCGUGAUACUUUAUUCGGUCACCGUCGCGCAUUCCUCACUGUUCCUCGCACCACCCGAGCCGUGCAACGCCCAUCGCACGCCCACGUUCAUCAGCGCACAGACCCUAGCUCAACUUUUUUUUUUUCCGCCCCGGAUCGGCCCUUCCACAUAUUCUCAAUUCAGCCUUGCCCCUUUGCACCCCGUGGUGCCCUGCCAUUCGACCACGUCAUCAGAUGGUGUCUUCCAACAUGAGUGACGCCGCUGCCGCCGCUGCUGCCACUGCCACUUCUGCGGCUCCAUCCGCCCGACUCAACCACCAUGGGUCUGAAAGCACCGCCCUGAAGGGCAAAUCCAUGACCCUGCCCGAGGGUCCUGGCAACUCCUUCCGCAGCCUGCCCGACGAUCGUAACUUGACGGCUCACCUGGAAACCGUCGCCAAUUUUCGUGACAUUUGUCGUGUUGCCACCCUCAUCAAGCCCUACUGCAUCUUUCGUUCCUCAACGCCUUCACAGGCCACACAAAAGGACGCAGCCCUGCUCAUGGAGCAGGUUGGCAUCAAGACCAUCAUUGACUUUCGAGAGCAGUCCGAGUCGCUUCGCGACUGCGGCGCAUGCCUGCUCCGUGAACAGUACCCGGAAUUCGAUCUCGAAAGUCAGCCCGGUGACAAGUGCAAGGAGAUUAUGCGUCGAAUGGAAAAGAUUCCCAUCACAACUUUUGCUGCCCAAGACAUUCGACAAGCGACCUCUCCCUCCAUCCCUCGUCGCCCCUCGGCCAUCGAGCGGGAUAGAGAAAGGCGUGCCCGAGCGCAGCAAAGUACCAGCUCAGAUUCUUCUACCGAGCCCAGCAGACCAACCUUUCGACUCGAUGCAUCAGUGAUGGUCGAUGAGGUCUUUGAUAGUCACGAUGCGGCGUCAACCCCUCAUGCUACACAGACAGACAAGGCAACACCCACAGCCUCUCAAAAAGAACCUGCAACUGGAGCUGGCGACAAUAAUACCCUGGAUGCUGAAGACAUUGAGGUUGUGACCUUGCCUGGCCAGCGACGACUGGUGCGUGUGCCUUAUUGUCCACGAAAGGUCAUGAAGAAGGUUGUCUUUGGCAUGCUCAACAACAAAGACUUGGGCAAGGUGGCAUGUUGGAUGUUCUUGGGCGGCCUCUUCUUUCGCAAGAAAUGGCGUGAGCGUGGCAAGAGCGUGGCUAAACGCCGCUUCAACAAAGUGGGCUUGCUGGGUUUUUACAAAGUUCUCAUGACUCGCAGCUACGCGGCCAUCUGCAGCGUCCUUCAAAUCUGUGCUGAUGCCCGAAAUCAUCCGAUCAUGCUCCACUGCUCGCAUGGCAAGGACCGCACGGGCGUCACGACCGCUGUACUUUUGGCAGCACUGGGUGUGAGCGAUGAGGCAAUUGCUGCUGACUAUGCCCUAUCAGAUGACUAUGGUAACUCGCCCGAGGGACGCCAACGCUUUGACACCGAGUGCCCUGAGCUGGAUCCGGAUGAGUGGGCACGGGCGCGACCCGAGACAAUGCUCCAGCUCAUGCAGUGGGUGCGCGAGGAAUUUGGGGGCAUCGAUGGCUACUUGGAUCUGAUUGGUUUUGAUGGGCACUGGCGCCACAAGCUGCGUCAGAAUCUUCUCGUCAAUGCUGGUUCCAUGACGAGCAUGUCAGAUCUUGGCGAAAGCAAGAUGCUUCUUCACUAA